AUGAGUGUCCUUCGCCUGCUCUUCCUCCUCCUCGCGACGCUGUUGGCCGCCGUUUCCGCCUUCGGGCAAGAGUUGUGCGCCGGAUGCAACAGCAUGGUGCCGGGCGCUCCUGUAGGCGAACAGUGGUUUACCACUGCCCGCGCUGUACGAUUGUCAUUCGGGAGAAGGAAAGGUACGCCUGCGGCCCGGCACACUUUGCCGCCUGUCAGUGUCCUGAGCCCGAUGAGCCCCCAAGACCCCGAGUCCGAUCCCUAUCCCGCCUUCUGUCGACCGGAUCCUCGUCGAAGUCGAAGGUUCACCCCCAAUAAGUGCCCCUCCCAGGCCCCAGCCCAAGCACUCCAAUCACCAUCAAGCUACAUCCUGUCAAAUUGUCCACCAAUCAUCAACUAUGUAUAUGGCGGGAAGAUAAUCCAAAAAUAA